ACUAAAAACAACAAAAAAAAAAAAAAACAAAACAAAAAAUAAAAUAUGCUAAACGACGGCGGCAUUUAGCAUAGAUUUUUUCAUAUAUACGAAUGCAUAAGCGAGUUCCGCAUUAGUUUCUGAAAGCUAUGCGUAGCUAAACAAUACAAACGAGUUCUUGAGUUGCAAGCUAAACUUGAGAAUACAAAACAUUUACCAAAUUUCAAAAUUUUGGUCGCAGACAGUGGAAUUUUACUUGGAGGCGAAAAGAAAAAAGAUCAAUAAAAAAUUAAGAGUGAAAAGAAAAAAGUAAAAACCUAAAACAAGUCAACAACUAAAAGUACCGACAAACGUGCAAAUAAAUAUAUGUACAAGCCGAAACGUAUAUAAGUUUAAAGUAAUAAACAAUAACACCAUAUAUUUAUUACACUAAAUAUAACAACAUGUCCAACAUACCAAAUAUCACCGAUGCACAGGAAACUGCCUUGAAGCAGUUCCGGAAGAGUGUUUCCGACAUAAUCAAUGAAACCCAUGACGACUACUACCUUCUACGGUGGUUGCGAGCGCGGAAAUGGAAUCCAGAUGCAGCCGAGGAAAUGUUGCGCGCGAGUCUGAAGACACGCGCUAUGUGGAAUGUGGACAAUUUGGAGAAAUGGGAUGUGCCGCGAGCGCUCAGAGAAUAUCUACCUUACGGUCUUAUUGGCUAUGAUAAUGAAGGAUCGCCGGUUAUCGUCUGUCCCUUUUAUAACUUCGACAUUUGGGGCAUGCUGCAUUGCGUUACACGCUUCGACUUCCAGCGGUAUUUAGUGCUACUAUUGGAGCGUUUCAUGCAAGCCGGCUAUGAGCAGAGCAAAACUUAUGGACCGCAAGCGCGUCAGUUGGUUGUCUUCCUCGAUAUGGCUAAUUUCAAUUUGAAACAAUAUGCUUGGCGUCCUGGUGCCGAAUGUGUUUUGUCGACCGUCAAACAGUACGAGAGCAACUAUCCGGAAUUGCUGAAAAUGUGCUAUAUAGUCAAUGCACCCAAAUUGUUCUCGGUUGCUUUCAAUUUUGUCAAAAAAUUCCUCGACGAGUAUACAAUGAGUAAAAUAAAAAUCUAUAAGAAUGGUUCUGAUAAGUGGAAGGAGCCGUUGUUCUCUCAUGUCGAUCCAGAUAUAUUUCCAAAAUGUUUCGGUGGUAAUUACGUCGACGAGAAUGGAGAUCCGGAGUGUAAAUCAAAGAUUGUCUGGGGUGGCAAAAUCCCACAGGAAAUGUUUGUGGAACAAGGUAUCGAGGACAAUGAGAAAGACUAUAGCGAAACGAUAAUAAACAAAGGCAAUAAACUCAAACUGGAUUUUAAUGUUGGUGAAAAGAAACAGGAGAAUUUAAUAUUAUCAUGGGACUUUCGCACCUACGACUAUGACAUCAAAUUCGGCAUAUACAGUAUUGAUAAACUAACGGGUGACAAGCGUAGCGAGGUAGCGCUGGGCACGGUAUACUCCAAUGAAAUGGAUGAAGUGGGUUUUAUCUCAACAAGACCGAAUACAACAUAUACCGUAGUUUUCGACAACUCACACAGUUACCUACGCAGUAAACGUUUACGUUAUUGUGUGAAUUUAAUCUCAGAAAUUGAUGAUAUCACUGAACUUUCAGCGCAAGUGCAACAAACUGCGAUAGUCGGCAAAAAUGACGAGUAAAAUCGAAAAGUUUAUGGAGGCGUAAAUAUAAGAUUGAAGAAAUAAUUUAAAAUAAAAAGGGCAGAAGGCAAUCAAUAAGCGCAAAAAGUCGGCAAUAAUGUGAUAACCACAUAUAAAUAUGUACUUAAAAUCAUAAAUAAAUGCAAACCGAACCAAAUAUGCAGACGGAUUUCAGGCAUAGAAUAUCAAGUCAUACUGUACUAUUGUAUCAAAUAUUGUAAGCCAAA